UGCUUCCGUUGCUCCCGCUGCUCCCGCGCCCAUCAUCACAUGGCCGAAGACGAGUAUACCGAUGACGAACUGGACGACCUCUCCGCAGACCAACUGCUCGAGAUCGAGACCCUGGCCUUUACCGCCACCCAGCAGCCCACCGUCUCGCCUCAUUCAACGCCGCCCUCCGAUCAUGGCGACCAAGUGAUCAAGAUCGAAGAACAACCUGCGAGUGCUGUUUACAAUGGCCUUCAACAGACUCAGACUCAAACUGCGCCGCACCCCGACCACAGCGGCCAAGUGACCAGUCUCGACGAACAGUCUGCGAGUGCUGUUCACAAUGGCCCACAACAAACUCAGACUCAGACUACACAGCCGCCACGGGCUCUUCCGCUCCGCGGGUCCCUGGACACCAUGAGCGUAGAAGAUUUGCAGGCACGCGUCGAACGGAUUGAGAGUGAUUUUCGCGAACUGUCGACCGCAUACGAAAAGAGUAAUGGCGCAGUUGGCGUCCUUCGAUCCAAGCAUACCAGUUUGACGAAGCAGUUUGAGCAUAGAAUUCUCAUGUUGAACAAGGAACGCAACGAACUCGUUGCCAAGCAAAAGGCCGAGCUUGCUGCCUGCAAACACAAGGAAGAACAGUCUAGAACGAACAAUCUCUUCAUGGAACAGGACAUUGUACGCGAAGCUGGCCGGCCGAAACAAUCUCGUAGGGUCCAGAAGGACAACGCUGGCAAAACGGUGCGAGGAACGGCUGCCACCACCCCGAAAAAGAAUCGGACUGCCCAAUUUGGCGAUGGUUUUGCUUCUGAUGAUGUUGUUAUGGUAUCGCCCAGCAAGGCGCGGCACAGAUCGAAGCCGUCAACGCCAAAGCAUGGAGCAAAGAGGAAACGCACGGCUGGAGAAGCUAGUCCAAGCAGAACUCUUCCCUUGAGCGAGCCGGCAGAGCCAGUCCAGAUCAAUGAUCCCAUGAGCAUAGACCUGCCGGAGGAUACCUACGGCGCGUUCCUAGAAAACGUAGCAAAAGAUGAUGAUAAGUUCAAGUUCCUUCAAAGGCUUAUGAGGCACCGGCCGUUCGGACAGAGAGAGACAACCUUCGAGGCGUUGACGAAAUAUGCACUUCCUUCCGAGCCCACCCGUUUGCUGUCAUCGACUGUUUAUGACAACUUGGCACGCUAUCGCGGUGAUGCCGAGGGGUUUGCGAUGCAUUAUUGUCAUGUUCUUGUGUCGCUGUGGCAAGAUUGCUUGCGAGAAAGGUACUUUGCGCCGGUGCGCUUCUUUCUCGACAGUCUGCAGUUUGUCCUGGCAUUCUUGCCUCUCGAAAAGACAGCAUCCUUAGCAGAGGAAGUGGUCCCUGUGGUGCAGAGCACUGCCGACCCAGUGUUGCCUCCUGAGGGAGAAGCCGUGAAAGACUCGUUGAUGCUCAAGAACCUCGAUGUCCAGAAUCUCGAUGUCCAGGACCUCGACAUCCUGAACCUCGACGCCGGCCCCCAGAGCGAGCUGCGCAAGAACAUUGACUUGCUAGAAAGCAUUUCCUUACUACUCACAAUCGCGCGCAGCUGCGUCGGCUCGUACGAGGCGAAGGCGCUUUUCUGGCAAAAGAUGAACGAACACGUUUGUUUAAUAACGCUGUGGACAACUCAGCCGCUCCCCGUAAUCCAGGCAACGCUCCAGCUUCUCAGCACGAGCCCCACAGACACGACCUUCGGUGCCAUCAUCGCCCACGCAGACCCCGAAAAAGCCGCCAAAAAGCAAAGUGAACAAGAAAACGAGCUCAUCAACCGGUUGAUCACUCUCCUCCGGCACCCGCCUACCGCCCCCUCCUCCAACUCCAGCACCAGCACUAGCAGCGCCCCGUACUCGGCAACGACAAUCGCGGACCUGCGCCUCUCGACCUUGCAAGCCCUGACAUCUCUCCUCCCGCACAAACACGGCGUCGUCCUUCUCGCGAAACACCCCGCCUUUCUAGGUAACCUCCUCCACAUGCUCAACUCCACCAUCGCUACCCUCUACUCCACCGCGCCGCACACGCCGCUGCACAGCGCCCUCACGCGCGUCAUUAACAUUGCGUGCCGCCUUGCCCACGCCGUGCUAUGUACGUAUCCGGAGGCCGCGGACCGACGUUCGCUCCUGGCGGCGGUGCCGGGCGCGGGCCACGCACACUUGGUCGGGUUGACGCGGCUGGCGUUUGCGGAGGAGAAGGGUGCGCUGGAGCGGGGCUGGGAGGACGAAGUUGUGAAUAUGGCGCAUGCGCUUUUGGACGAGUAUUUGAGCCCUGAUGAAGGUGAUGCGCUGAUGCGGGUUUUUGGGAGCGGGAAGAGUGCGUAGAGGUGAGGAAGGUAGGUCUGGUGGGGUGAUGGAUGGGUGGAUGAGCGGGACACAAAGUCCGACUGUCGCCUUUGGCUGGUCAGCUGGCUGGCUGGCUGGUCUGAGACUAUGACGGACGGUUCUAUCUAAAGAACUAACUAGGGGG